UGAGUUUAACUUUUAUUGUGAGCAUUCACUUAACUAAUUAAGUUUGACUUUAAUUUGUGAAGCAACCACACAUUUGACUAAGAUGGGAGCCCUCACGCAAUUGUCUCUGAUCAUAUUUUUUGGAGCUAUAAGCUCAGUCGUGUCGUGGCCUAGCGGUGCCCCAGAAUCGGUCUGCAAUUCGUUGACUCCAAGUCACGGGGAAAGUCAGGCGCGAGGGGCCGACCAAUCGCCGUAUAAUUUGGUUCAAUCGCAUCAGGACUACAACGGCGGCGACAGAAUCAAAGUUACAUUGAACGCUCCUCAGGGCUACUCAUUCCGCGGGCUUAUAGUGCAAGCGUACGAUCCGCACACAAAUGCCGUUAUCGGCAAAUUUGAAGCCGGAAAGGGUCUGAAGACCAUCGACUCGUGCAGUGCUGUCACUCACACCGACAGGAGAGGUAAAAGGUCGGCCACAUUGGUGUGGACGGCGCCCAACUCUGGUAGGGGUAACGUUGCCUUCAGAGCAACAGUCGUCCAGAGAUUUAGUGAUUUCUACACUAAUCUACACUCGAGUGUUAACCCAAAUAACUAA